UUUAUAAUGAACCAUGAUUAUUAUUUAUGAACCUUGUAAUAAUAAGACAGUGAAAAGAGUUUAUUAAAAAUGAUUCUUUUAAAUCUUGAAGUGUCCAUCUUGCGGAUGGAACAGCAGUCAGAUAAAGGCAGUCAGAUUAAAGAUGGCUUACAGCAGACUUUGUGUCUCCUGUGAUGGAUAAUCUGUAAAUAGAAGUAAAGCCAGGACAGCUCGACCCAGCUGAGGAAGUGUGACCUUUGGGUCUCAAAUGAGGCCAUUCAUGUCGCUACACAUCAUCGUUAUAGGCAGGUGUGGUUUAUAUCAAGAUAUUUAACACUCUGCACUUUGUACAUUUUGUAUUUUACAGCAACCGGUCCUGCAGCAAGAAGCCUUACGGAACCAAAAAUAUACUUUAUAAAAAAGAUCACCAGGACGCUAACAAGUCUGACUGGCACCAGUGUUUCUUCUGCUGCUGCCUGUUUUGACCAUGUGGUUUUAUCAUUUUUUGCUGAGCUUUAACCUGAAGGGGCUUUUCCUGUUUUUGUUUUUGUUCCUUCUACUAGCAGACUACCUUAAGAACAGGAAACCAGCAAACUUUCCUCCAGGACCAAUGGCCUUUCCCUUCAUAGGUAACAUCUUGAGUUUGGACAGCAAACAGCCACAGAAUUAUUUCACCAAGUUGGCUGAGAUCUACGGAAAUAUCUUCACUGUUCGCUUAGGCAAAGAUACGUUUGUUAUUUUGUGUGGACACAAGAUGGUAAAGGAAGCCCUCGUGACACAAGCUGAGAACUUUGUGGAUCGCCCGCACAGCUCAAUAGCUGGCAGGUCUUCUACUGAACAUCAAGCCGGUCUGUUCAUGAGCAACGGUGACAAAUGGAAGAAACAACGACGCUUUGCUUUGUCUACUUUACGUAACUUUGGCCUGGGCAAAAGCAUGUUGGAGCAGAGUAUCUGUGAGGAGAUCCGACACCUGCAGGAGGAAAUAGAGAGGGAGAAAGGUAAACCUUUCAGCCCUGCAGGUCUCUUCAACAGUGCUGUGUCCAACAUUGUUUGUCAGCUGGUCAUGGGGAAAAGAUUUGAUUACAGCGACCACAACUUUCAGAUCAUGCUGAAACGUAUGUCUGAAUCUCUUUGGUUGCAGGGGAGCAUUUGGGGCCAACUCUAUGAGGCAUUCCCCAACGUGAUGAGUUCCUUGCCAGGUCCUCACAACAAAAUGUUCGGUCAUUUUAUCACCAUACAACAUUUCUUAACUGAGGAGAUAGAGAAGCACAAGAAGGACCUGGACCCCAGCAAUCCUCGUGACUACAUUGACACUUUCCUCAUUGAAAUGGAAAAUGAGAAGCAGAAAGAUUCUAACCUGGGCUUCAGCUUGACCAAUCUGGCGCAGUGCUGUAGUGAUCUUUUUCUGGCUGGAACUGAAACCACAGCCACCACUCUGCUGUGGGCGCUGGUUUUCCUCAUCCAACACCCUGAGAUCCAAGAGAAGAUCCAAACGGAGAUUGACACCAUAAUCGGAGGGACCCGCUUGCCCUCUAUGGCUGACAGAAUAAAUCUUCCUUACACUGAAGCUGUGAUCCAUGAAAUCCAGAGGUUUGGAAACAUAGUUCCUCUUAAUGGACUCAGGAUGGCUUAUAAGGACACAACUCUGGGAGGUUACUUCAUACCAAAGGGUACAACUGUACUGCCCGUCCUGACCUCUGUGCUGUUUGACAAAUCUGAAUGGGAGACUCCAGGCGCCUUCAAUCCUGGUCACUUCCUGGAUGCAAGUGGGAAGUUUGUGAAGCCUGAUGCCUUCCUGCCCUUUUCUGCUGGGAAACGUGUGUGUCUUGGAGAAGGCCUCGCCAAGAUGGAGCUCUUUCUGUUUUUGGUCGGCUUGCUGCAGAAGUUCUCCUUCUCUGUUCCUGAAGGAGUCGAGCUGAGUGCAGAAGGAAUAACUGGAGUUACGCGUGUUCCUGCUCCCUUUAAUGUGUGGGCAAGAGCUCGCUGAGCCGUGCACCACAUCACCAAACCAUUUUCAACUCAACAAUAAACUUAAGACAAUGUUUUUAAAGUUAUAAAUUUACAACCUUAACCUACUAUUUAGCCUUAUUACAGCUUGUGAGAAAAAAACUGUUAAAGCCACACUAUGCCACAUUUUCAUAUUUUUACAUAAUUUUCUUGAGCCACUACGUGCUAAAAUGACCCCAUACAGGGCUAUUGAAAUGUCACUCAGAUCCCCACCACUACCUGGGGCCAGAAUAUUGCUCUAUGGUCCCUGUUGGACAUAAUAAAGUGGAGCUCACCUGCCAAUCUGCUUCCAGCAAGUUUUCUGUAUAUUUUAGAUCAUGACCACAGCUGUUUUGUUAUAUUUAGUAAUGAACCAAUCCUGUAGAAACUAUUGAAGGCCGAGGAGACCUAUCAGCCGUUAGAUUGAUGUGUUUAAAAACCAAACAGAUAGGUUUCACUUUCAGUUUCACAACAGUGAGUUAAACAGACUUUAGGGGUUGCUUAAAGCAACCUAAAACUACAUAGUUUCCCUUCAACUUUUUUUUACUGAUUGCUAUAUCCCGAGUUAUAGUUUAUAUCACUACAACAGUAUCACAGUUCAAACUGUAUCCAUUGACAAACUAACAGUAUUUGAAUAAAAAUAAUCAUUUACCAUAUAACCAUGAAACUGAAACAAAUGUGAAAUGUAUUGACUGUAUAUAAGAUGGACAAACUAGUCUACACCAUCACCAGUAGGUUUCUGAAGAGGGCUAAUGGGAAGCUCCCAUCACUCCAGUCUCAGCCACGCCAUGUGUCUGGUCACUCCCAGAGGAUACAAAAAUGGAGCUGAGAGGGAUGCUGUGAUGGUGGUGGCAGAUGAUCAAACACCAUCGGACACUGAACAAGGAAACCAUGAUAUCUUUAACCUUAUUUAAUUUGUUAAAUCAACAAAUACUGAUCUGGUGUAGUUUAAGAUCUGAAAUGAAUCAUUGCAGGAAAAAUGUUAAUUUUAACACAUACAGUAAUUUAUUAAUGCACACAUUAUUCAAACACUUUGGGAUUUAACAAGAGAUGAUUAUAUAACAUGUUUGCAAUUAUCAAGUUUUAAAUUUCAUUUAUGAUUCACGGAAGAUGAACUUUAUUCAGAGUGAGAGUGAGUUGUUAUAACUUAAAGGCAAGAACUGGACAUGUCCAAUAGGUUUUCAGUAUUUUUUUAGAUUUUGUUAGGCUGUGGGAGAAACAUGCUCUGCAGAUGAUGAGAUGCUGUUGAAUGAGGAAACAGAUUUUAUUUUAUUUUUUACUUUGGUUCAUCAUCUUAAAUGUUAAAAAUGUUUUACACGUUUGCAUUGUCCUGAGGACUGUGCGAAUGAAGAGCUUUUGGGGGAUGGCAGACAUGUUUUUGAUUUGAAAAAAGCACAUAUCUGACAUCUUCUUGUAAGUUGCUUUGGACAAAAGCGUCUGCUAAAUACAUAAACAUCUUCUAUUUAUCGGUGAAAACAAAUCUAUGUGAAAUAAUUGUGAACCAUUGGGAUAUCAAACUGAAUCGUUGACCCAGUAGUUGUAACCGAAUCGAAUCGCGACACUGGUAAAGAUGCACACCUCUACUACGUAAGAGUUUUAACUCUCUGUGUCUGUAUAAAGUUUGUAAUGAAUCAUGUUUUGUGCAUGUAUGUCGGUAGGAGUGGGUGUUGGGGGUCAUGCCUUGUCUUGGAUACAGGAAAGGGGGUCCUCAAGAGAAAAGAGGUACAACAGCUGUAACAGAUUGUUUGUGUUCAGAUUUGCUAGCAUAAAUCAAAGUCAGACGACAGAAUGCCCUGACCUCAGAUCUGAUCUGUACACCUGGCAUCCAUCCGAUUCUGUAACUCAUGAAAAUAAAGCAAGUAUUUCAGUAAACAUUCAACCUAUUA